AUGGGUUCAGCUGAGGUGACACAGCCGUGGAACUGUGUCAGUAAACCCGCUCCUGUUUUUAUUUUUCUGAUGCACCUGCGGGAGGGAGCUGAAUGAGGACGAACUGUUUCGACACAGAUUUACUUUUUUUCUUUUCUUCUUCCACGUCUCUGUGGACGUUUCAUCAAACGAGGCGUCAAGUGAGUCGGGGCGACCGCUCUCAGUUUCAAAACAAGAUCGUGGAGGGUCACACAGCUGGAUAUAGGAGCGGGGACCAGUAUGCCGAACCAACAGCCUCGGCUGAGCGAGCACACUUCCUGUGGCACGUCCUGCAAGAACGCCAAGGAUAAGAGCAACAACACGACUCUGCUGGCGAUGCGUGGCUCUGAAGACGCCGACGACUCCAGUGGAAGGGGCUCCCGCUGCAGCUCAGAAAAGGAUUCAGGUUAUUCGGAUGGUUCAGACUGGCAUCACACGGAUGUGGAAGACCAGCAGAGCAACAAAAACCAAUCCAGAGCCGGCGAACACUCACAGGCUUCACAGCCAGGACUAAGUCAAAGGAAUCCUGGGAGUGUGUCCAGUAUCCCAGCAGGACGCGACCGUCCACCCAUCUACAUCUUCAAGGACAUGGUGCUUCAGCAGGCAAACAGGCAACCAAGUGUGAUCCAGAGAACUGGGCAGCUGCUCUGGAGAAACGGCAUCAGGGAAAGCAGCUUCGCUGCCGCUCCCCACAUGAUCCUAUUCCAGCAGCCCAGACUGGUCCCGGACACGCUGCAGCUCCACAAGCCCUCGUUUCAGAGGUCUAAUGUCACCGGGAAGAAAGUGAAUGGCAGUUACAGCCCCAUCCUGAACUCCUACCCCCGCAUUGCGCCCCAUCCCAGCAAGAAGCCGCCCGAUAAAUCUUCAGUGACCGCCGAAUCCCAGAGCCUGAGCAAGAGGGUGUGUACUGACCCCCAGACUAAUGACACAUCAGUCACUCAGGGCCUGCCCGAGCAACACUUUCAUAAACAACCUAAGUCUGCAGCCUCUGCAUCUUCCUCCUCAGCCAGAGACGGUCAGUCCUCGUCUGUGUCUGCUUCCACAAAUCAGGGAUCCCCGUCUGUUUCCGCUCAGCAGGCCACCCCCGCUUUCCUCGCGAGCAGAGGACACCACAAAGACUCCACCGCGAGCAGCCGCCACCGCCGCUUCCUCAACACGGUGGAAAUCCUCAGGCAGUCCGGGCUGCUGGACAUCACGCUGCGCACGAAGGAGCUGCUGCGCCAAAGCACGGCCACGGACCGGGGCAUCGCUCAGCUGCGGCAGCACGCCGAGCUGCUGUGCCGGGCCGCUGCCGACCCCGGCGGCGCCGCCGGGUGGGAGCACGUGCACGGCGUCAUGGACGAGUCGGGUAGCUACCCCGACCUCAGAGCCGCACCGGACUUACGAAGUCCUCCUCAUCCAGAUUCAGCCAGCCGACCUCAGAGCGACACAGAUGCGCUGCAAGCUGCAGAAACCUCAUCGCCAUCUCCGCCUCCUGCUCAGGACGGCGUACCUGAUCAGGACUGUGCUGCAUCGCAUCAGUCUGCCUCGGAACAAGACCGCAAGCUCAAGGCUGGCGAGAAAUGCUCAGACACUGUCGCCGUCACGCCUCCCGACAGCUCGACUGGGUAGGACAGUCUUCCGUGCCUUUUGAGGGUCAGCGCCCAGCUGUUGAACCUCCAUCCGUCUUUUAUCCUGCUUUAUCCAGCUCCGGGUGUUGGGGAGCGAGAUCCGAUCCCAGCCGGCUGUGGAUGAAGUCACGGUACACACUAUCAGGUCAAGACUCCACCAUAAGUACACCCACAGCUAACUUCAGGUCGCCAGUUGUUUGGACUCUGGAAGAAAAUCCGCACAUGCACAAGGAGAACAUGGAAACUCCAUAUCGUAACGCCACGAGCCUGGACUCGCACGGGGGAAGUUUCUGGCUGGGAGGCGCGAGAUCAUAAACGACUACACCACCGUGCCGCCCGAGAGCCAGAGGACAGCGAGUCGUUAGUUUGGGUUGUUAUAUUUUAUUUCAGUAUGUUAUUCUUUAUUAUUAUUCUCAGUGUUAAAGAAGCUGUGAACAAUAUCUCUGCAGGUUAAUUAUUUCUUGUCACAAAUGUACUUGAAAAUUUUGUCCAGAUAUUUGAAAACUAAGUUGCCGCACUUAAGUUGCAGUACAGUCCCUUUUUUCUUCUUCUUUUUUUUAUGUAUUACCACUGUAGACCUUAUAGAAGCCCAGCGAUGUCUGCCGGUGAGCCAUUUAAAGGAUUAUGUAAAAAUAAAAUGCAUUUAGCCUGGGGAACACAAAUGUGGCGCUGAACCGCUACAGUGACAGCCACAGCAUCCGUUAUCACGACAGCUGGUUGUUUUGUUGCCGUGUCGGACCAGUAGAGGACGGGAGAAAUAAAAUACAUGUACUGGGAGGCAAACGGUUUCCUUAAAACUUUAUUACCCCACUAAGAGCCAGCAGUCCACACUGGGUGAUAAACUGACGUCAUCGAGCAGCAUCUGUGCCUUAUAGUAAAGAAAUAAAGCCAGAGCUCCUGGCACAGAGGCACUUUAAAGGAAACCGGCGUCACCUGAUGUGCUGUCGUAUCAAACUACUGGACCACUGCAAGGAUCUCCGUCCAAACACUUCAACAAUGCCUUAAACUCUUUUUCACUGGAUCUUUUUUUUUUUUUCAAACAUUACCAGGGUACUUCCUACAUUACAGAUCAUCCUAUUGAUUCUCAAAGUCUUUCACAAUUUACAAUAAUAAUACACACUGAAUGUAUGGAGGCAGUUUACAGACUGUGUGAACUCAACACAGCAUCCCUGGAAAAAGAAAAAAAAAGUAUACUUUUUUCCUCAUUCAACAGCUUUAUUGUCCAUUUUCACUCCGGUUACAGUUUUUUUUUUUUUACACACCAAGAUUUAUUGUUGAUGUUGUGGUUUGUUUUCUAAAUGGAGCACAGUUUACUUUGUGGUUUUGAAAGUUUUGAGGUUUAAAAUUCCUAAAAGUAUGCCAAAUAGAUGGUUUUAUGCAUGUGGUAUGUGUAAGAAAAAUAAAUUUCUUUUCUUUUUGCCUUUACGUUUGUGCAGCAAUGCGCACGCUAUCAAAAAUAUAAGUGGUUUUUAUGGCGUCUUUUUCAUCAUUUUAAGCUAUUGAAAUAAAGCAAUACGUUA